AUGGCCUAUGACCGCUACGUUGCCAUCUGCAGACCCCUGCACUAUGGGACCCUCAUGGGCAGCAGAGCUUGUGUCCAAAUGGCAGCAGCUGCCUGGGCCAGUGGUUUUCUCUAUGCUCUCCUGCACACUGGGAACACAUUUUCAAUACCACUCUGCCAAGGCAACACAGUGGACCAGUUCUUCUGUGAAGUUCCCCAAAUCCUCAAGCUCUCCUGCUCAGACUCCUACCUCAGGGAACUUGGCCUUCUUGUGGUUAGUGCCUGUUUAUUCUUUGGGUGUUUCGUUUUCAUUGUGGUGUCCUACGUGCAGAUCUUCACUGCUGUGCUGAGGAUCCCCUCUGAGCAGGGCCGCCACAAAGCCUUUUCCAUGUGCCUCCCGCACCUGGCUGUGGUCUCCCUGUUUGUCAGCACUGGCCUGUUUUCUUACCUGAAGCCCCCCUCCCUCUCCUCGCCAGCUCUGGACCUGGUGGUGGCUGUUCUGUACUCGGUGGUGCCUCCAGCAGUGAACCCCCUCAUCUAC